AACUAAUGUGGACGGAGCAACACAUCUCUCUUCAUCUUCAUCAGCAUUCACCGAAUUUAUUUUGUCCUCUGCAUCUGGACUUGCAGACUGAGAGGAAAAAGGAAGCAGCAGGUUUUUUAAAGCCUCGGAGGACGAGAGGGAGAGAGAGGAAACAGGACGAACCACUAUUGAAAGACUGGACAAGAUAGACAGCCAUCAUGUGCGACUGUUUUCACCUGGCAUUCCCCAACUGGCAUGCAUCAGCCACGGGUGAAGGGCGAAGGCUGAAGGCGCCAGAACAAGACACAGACGAUGAUUUAGUAUGUGAGGAACCGGAGGUUUUACAAGGGGAAAGACCUCGUCCACAGGGUUCCUCUCCUGUUGAGGAAUUCCCAACCACAGAAAAAUACGCAAAAACGGCUGAAGGUGAGUUCUAUGACUCACCAGCUAAGAGUUCCAAAAAAGGCAAAAAGAUUGGUUUCGGCUCACUGUUUGACAAGCGUUCCUCCGUCAAGAUGAAUCAAACUGAGGACUUGCAAAGUGAUCAGUCAGAAGUGAUAGUGAAGACUGUAAAGGAAGUCUGUGCUGAGGGUUUGGUAGUAAGUGGAGGGGGACAAGACGGCAUCUUCAUCAAAGAAGUGAAACCUGAGUCACCUGCCUCAAAGCAUCUAAACGCAAAAGAAGGUGAUCAGAUACUUAGUGCUACAGUAUACUUUGAUAAUGUGUCAUAUGAAGACGCCCUCCAGAUUCUUGAGCAUGCUCAACCAUAUAAGGUGGCAUUCUGCCUAAAACGCAAACCACCUCCGAGAACCCAGGAAGAUGCUGAGACAAUGAGGCCAGAUAUAACCAUUGGCGAGGAGGCUGAGCAUGAAGAGGAAAGAGGAGGACCUGAGAUGAGAGGUAGAAGGAAGACAAAAAAGCAACAUGAUCGUAUCUCUUGGCCCAAAUUUCCCACCUUUAGCAAAGGUCGCAGGGCACAUUUUAAGAGGUCUCACAGCACAUCAGAAGCAGAGGAACAGAGAAAACUGGAAAUAAGUCCACCAACAAGUGACACAGAAUCGCCUCUUAAGUCUCCAUUAAAAUCCCCAGAUGGAAAAGACAAGAAAAAGAUGCACAAAAUGAAGCUGAAAAUGAAGAUGGCAGGACGCAGAAGCAAGUCUGUUGAAGAAACUGAAAAUGAAGAAGCGCUAACAACAGACAAUAUGGAGGUCUUGGACAACCAAAUCAUCAUGAAUAUAACUGAAGAGCAAGUGCCAGUGAUUAAUGUGAUAGAAAGCCCUAAAAUUUUGAAUGAAGCUGAAAAAACUGACUCAACUAAAGCAAGAAUUGACUAUACAUUGCCAAAUUUGACAGUGACUGAAUCACUGAAUAAGGUAGAGCUCAUCAGUUUGGACACUACAUUAAAGGCUACUGAUAUUACAGUCGCUCUUGAAGAUGAUGGCAAAGAAAAGAUAGAGAGAUCUGAACUGAAAGUUAGCAUUUCAGGAAAGGAUAAGUGUGAAAUAGAAACAGAGAGUCUAUUAAAAUCCUCCACAAGUGGGAUGAGAUCUUCAGAUGCAUCAACAAUUGACAAUAUUAUGGACAGUCCUAACAUAAUAUCACAAACUGAAGCAGCUGCGCAUCAAGUCGAAUCUGACAGCAAACCAAUAAUUAAAGAAAUAAUUGAGAAACUACAAGAGUCAGGAGAAACUGACAUUAAGAUCCCAACAGUUGCCAUUGCUCUUGACAUGCCUGAUAUAGGAGGAACAAUAAGCAAAUCUCCAAAAUUGGGCAGUGAUAAGGAAAAGAAAGAAAGAAACAUUCUAGAAACAGAAAGCUAUGGGAUUCGAACUAGAGGACCACUGGCAGACAUAGCCACAUCAAAGAGUCAUUUUGCAAACACAGUAAGCGGACUAGAGUUUGCAUCAUCAGACACUUUAACAUUUGAGAUGCAAACAAAACAAGAAGUGUCCUCAAAGGUCAUAGACACAAAGAAACCAAUUACAUCAAAACCUGUUGUAUCCCAGCCAAAAUCACAAGCUCUGGAAGUGGACCGAAGCAAGAAGAGUACUGGUGGUAUUGAUACAACAGAAACUAAAAAAAGUGAUGUUGAAUCAAACUUUAAACUACCAAAGGUGGAUCUCUCAAAAUUUGAUCAGGGACAAUCAAUAACUAUAGGACAGGGAGAUCCAAACAAAGCGCCUCUGCUGAAACGGGAGGAAAUUGAGAUUCCUGGCAUGGAGGAUAAAAAAACAAAGGCCAAAUCAAAGGCCAAGUCUCAAAGAAGUAACGAACAAAAAAUUGAGAAGAUAAUAAAUAUCUCAAAGGCAGAAAAAUCCAGGGCUCAGGGGGAAGCAGAAGAGUUUAAUGUUGAGGAUGUAAAGGAAGCAGUAUCAAAAUUCCCUGCUUUCAAAUUACCUGACAGAGACAUCACAGGAGUUCUUGUACAGAGAGAGAUCACAAUUUUGGAAAUGAAGACAGAUAAGACUGCCACAACGCCUAAAGGAUCCCCAAGUAAAGUUUCAAGCAUGAGCACAGAAAUAAACAUUAAGUUACCUGACACAGUGGUUACAAACAAACAGAGUAUUUCUCCUGUUUUCUCAAAAGAUCAAGCCAUGGUAUUACCCAAAACUGAAGUGAAUCUGGAAGAAACCGUUAUAGCUGAGAGAAAGACAGCCCAAUCUAAAACUAAGCUUGCAGACCACAAGCCCAAAAUUGGCAAAAUGGUAGAGAAGGAUAAGAUUAGUGCAUCUCAUGAUGUAAAAAUCAAACUUCCAAAACGUGAAGAUAUCGAAAUACCAGGAAUGGAAGCCAUUAAUCAAAUGGAAAAAGCUAAAGAUACAGACACUCAAGUGAAAGACUACACCGACACAGAUGCCAAAGCUGACAGAAAAGGGCAUGAAAAGAAAUCAAAGAAAGGAAAGGUAUCUUUGCCUAGUUUUGGAAUCAUGACCCCCGACAUCCGCUUCCCAGGUAUAGCGAUUGAAUUACCAAUAAAGGCCAUGUCAACUAAAAAUGAUAGUGAUGCAAUUAAGGACAUGAAAACUGAACAGAAAUCUUAUGAUGCAGACAUCGGAGCCACCAAACAAUCUUCUAAGGAAGCAACAUUUGAAAAACCUAAAAAAGGGGAAAGCUGUGUGCCUGAGAUUAAAAAUAAAGAAGCACCUGAUGUAGGGGGUGAUCAAAUGCUUCAUCGUGGUAUUACCACUGCUAUUAAGGUAACCUCAAAACAGGGUGUUGAAGGAGAACCAAAAGCUGAAAUGAAAAGCACAGACACAGAUUCCUCUCCACAUAAAAAGAAACUGCCUAAAUUAAAAAUGCCCAAAAUAGGAGGUAAAUCUGUGAAAGGAAUAACUGAAGUCUCUACACAAGAGGAUGUUGCAGUGCAAGAAAAUGAUGUUAUAGAGGUUGUAUUAGAUUCUGAGAAAAGAACAUCUAAGACUGAUCCCAAAGGACAUAAUUUAGAUACUGACAAAACUUGGCCAAUUAAAAUGCCAAGUAUAGAUGUUUCUGUUCCAAAAAUAAAAAUCCCUAAGACAGAGGGAAAAUCAAAGCAGGAGGAAACUUAUGCAGGUGUUGAACUAGCCAAAGACAAAAAAAUUAGUGAGUCAACACAAAAGCCUGUAAAAGAAAAGGGGAAAAUUGAAAUGAGAGUUGACGGUGUAGAGGAUGCUCAAGAGGAGAGUGGAUUUAGGCUGAUUAAGUUUGGUAUCUCAUUGCCAAAAGGGAAGACAGAAGAAGCUGAUCCGUUACCAGAGGAAUCUGAACAAUCCGUCAUCAAGGCUGUUGGAAAAACUGAAGUGGAGCAAUCAGAACUACCACACAGUGAAAUUAAAGAAACAGACUCUAAAAUGAAGAAGAGGAAAAUAUCAUUUCCCAAAUUUGGAUUCUCUAAAUCUGAGUCUAAAGCAUCUGAUUCUGAUGUGACUCUACCACCUCCACAAGACGGUGAUUGGACCGAAAUAGAUGUUGGAACUAAGACCACAUACUUAGAGGCUGAAUUUAAGGAGUCAACAGAAUCUCCCACAAAAUUUAGACUUCCCACAAUUAAAUUUCCCAAAUUUGGUGUUUCGCUUCCAAAGACAACCGAUGCUGGUGCUGAUAUUCAUAUUUCUGAUGUCAGCACAGAGGACACUACAGUGAAUGUUGAGUUGCCAGAAGCUAAAUUGUCUGUAGAAUUGACAACACUAUCUGAAAAUAAAGGCCUGGACAUGCCUCUCAGUGUAUGCAAACCUAAAGUUGACUUGUCUCUGCCUGAGGGGAAAGUAGGCAUUAAAGAUAUUAGUAUUCCAAAAGUAGAUGACUUUCAGAAAAAAGAGGUUGAUGCUAGUAUCACUGACCAUGAUGUAGAAAUUUCAAAAACAGAUAUCAAAGAUGAUAUCAGUCCUCCACAGGUUGAUGCGUCCAUUCCAGAAGGUUCUGUUGAAAUAAAAGUGCCAGAAGUGAAUUUCACAAUUUUAAAGGAAGCUGCUGAAGAUAAAAAUAUAACAGCUGGUGGUGCACCAAUAAAGAUUAAACUACCCUCUAUCCACUUACCAACAUUUGGUGGGAAAUCAUCUAAAGUUAAAGAUAUGCCAGUUGUAAACAUGGAUGUUAAAGGACCUGAUGUAAGCCUUCCAGAAACAGAAGUAAAUGUGAAGCUAAAAGAUGAUGCACCUUCAUUUGAAGUCAAGGAUUCUUUUGUGACUUUGAAAGGUGUAGACAUGAAGGUUGAAGAAGCAAAGCUCAAAGAGCAAGAUGUUAUGGUUACACUGCCUAAAUUUGGCAUAAGCCUUCCAAAGGUUCAAGCCCACAAACCAGAGGAUAGUACGGACAAAGAAUCAAAUACGGACAUCAAAGAAUCAAAACCAGAGUCUGACCAGGCUGAGAAAGGUUCAAGAUCUCCAACAAAAAUUAAACUUCCUACUAUUAAAUUUCCAAAGAUCGGUGUCUCAUAUCCAAAAUCACCAGAUGUAGACUUAGACAAUCAAGUCCCUAUGGUCAACAGAGAUGAACCUACUGUGGAAUUUAAAGAACCUUCUGAAGAAAUACCAGCAUUGCCUGAACUGAAAACCCAGCACAUUACUCUCAGCGUUUCCAAACCUGAAGUUGAUGUUUCUAAACCAGAGGAAGAUAAGGCUGCUGAUGCCAUCUGUGAAAAGAAAAAAGAAAAGAUUUUGUCUUCAGACUACGAAUUUUCUAAACCAGAGGUAAAGAUGAGCCUUGUAGAUCAUGAUCUUGAUAAAAAGACAGAUUUAGAAGAUUCGGAAAUGCAAGCCAAGCAACUUGACAUGAAAACCAAACUUCCUUCAGGUACAGUGGAUGUAGUUAUCCCAGAGGCUAAAGAAAAAGAGAGUGAAAUUAAACUCAAAAAACGUAAAAUAUCAUUUCCUAAAUUUGGUUUUUCCAAAUCGGACACUAAGGUCCCUGAUGCUGAUAUCAAUCUUCAUGGUAUAUCUGAGCAAGAAAUUGCGACCGAAGUGACUGUUCCUGCUCCAGAGCUUGAGGUUCAGAUGAAAAACAAAAGUACUUCAGAUUCUCCAUCUAAAUUCAAGCUUCCUACAAUUUCUCUCCCUAAAUUUGACAUUUCCAUUUCAAAAAUGGAGGAAGAAUCUACUGCAAAAGCUGAUGAAGUGUCACAUGAAGUAAAGGUAGCAUCAGGAGAUACAUUGCUAGAUCAAGAUACAGGAAAACAAGGUACAGAACCAUCAAAGCUAACUUUAGAAACCCUUCCAGAAUAUGCUGAAAUAAAGACAAAAGACUCUGAUCCUGAAAGUCAAGGCAGUAAAUUUACUAUGCCCAAAUUUGAAUUUUCAUUUCCAAAGCUAAAGGGACCAGAAUUUAAAAAGAGUGCAUCAAAAAUAGAUACAGAAAAAACAGAGGCUACACUGAAACCUUACAAGGAGAUUGCAGAGGGAGAAACUGAAAUACCGGAGGCUUCUGUGGAAUUUGAGGUAACAUCUGCAUCUGUCCAAGCAGCUGAACUGGAUGUAAAUGUUGAUUCUGACUUGAAAAUGCACACAACAGAGAUGUCAAAAGAUGAUACAACAACAGGAGGGUCACCAAUUAAAUUUAAACUUCCUUCUUUCAAACUACCCAAAUUUGGAAUUUCAUCUUCCAAAGGAAAACCUGAAAUAACUGAUUUAAAGGGUGAGGAAACUACUUUGAAGGCUAAAGAAAUAGAAGCAUCAGAUUUAAAAAUGGACUUCGGUCAAGAGCUGAAGAAAUCGUCAAGCAGUGUUCAACAGCCAAAGGUUCUUACAAAGGUCCAAACAUCAAAAGCAGAAGGUGAUAUUUCCUUACCAGAAGGAGAACUCUGGGAACCAUCAGCUGAAGUGGAAGUACCAAAAGUUAAACUAGAAUGCAAAAUAGAUCAAGAAGCUGAUAUAAAAGACACAGGAAUUAACCUGAAAAGACCAGGAUUUUCACUUCCUAAAUUUGGAUUUUCUAAACCAGAUACCAAGGUGCCUGAGAUUGAUGUCAAUCUGAUGCAAGUUGAUUUCUCUAAAUCAAAAGGUGAUGUGAAAAUAAACGAGCAGAGUAUGAAUAUCACUGCUCCAAGUGUUGAGCAAAAGGACUCAACUAUUGAUGCCACAACAAAAGAUACAAUUCCCUCAAUGAACUUACCAGCGUUUGGAGGACCGUCUAUUAAGAUGGAGAACAUUAUGCCAGUUGCAGGCAUAUCUGUAAAAGGACCUGAGGUGAGUGCUCCUGGUGCACAAAUAAGUGUGGACUUAAAGGUUAAAGAUGCUGAACUUGGAGGACAGGAGGGAAAAAUGCCAAAGAUGCCAAAGCUUGGUAUAGCUCUUCCUAAAGUUAAAGGGUUUGAUUUAAGUACAAAGACUGAGGAUGUGGUUGAAGUACAACCAAUUGAUGUCAAACAACCAGAUAUGACAAUUGAAGGGAAAGUUCACCCACCAGAAUAUGAUUCUAAGACACUUGAUGUGCAGAUGAAAACAUUACCUGGAUUUGGGUUCUCAAAACCAGAGGUAAAAACCCCUGAGGUUAAAGUAAGUACCCAAAAAACAGAUAUUCUCAUACCAGAAGGCAGUAUAGACCCAGGAGAAGCAAAUGUGGAUAUUAAUGUUUCAAAGGUGGAAUGUGAACAAAAAGGUUCAACAUUUUUUGGAUCUCCAACAAAGUUUAAACUCCCUUCAAUAAGCCUCCCAAAAUUUGGUGUUAAAUCACAAAAAGUAGCAUUAGACACUAAUCUAACAGAAUCAGAACUAGAGGGAGCAAAUAUAAAACAUGACAUUUCAAAACCUGAUGUCAAAUUAGAAGUAAAACCACCUAGUAUUGAAGCUAAAGUUGAAAGCAGCACAGACACACCUGAUGUUGAUUCCAAAGGACCUCAAGUCAAAGUGAAGAGACCAAGCUUUUCAUUCCCUAAAUUUGGAUUUUCCAAAUCAGACACUGCAACUCCAGAAGCAGAUGUUAGUGUUCAUAAGGUUGAAGUAUCCAUACCAGACACCACUGUACCAAUUAAAGAACAAACAGCAGAAAUUACACUUCCAGGAGGGGAGGCUGAACAGAAAGAUCUAACUACUGUUAUUUCCCCAACUAAAUUUACGCUGCCAGACGUCAACCUUCCAAAAUUUGGAGUCAAAACCUCAAAAGGCACAGUAAGUUUACCAUCACCAAAUAAAGGUAUUAUAGAAAUUACUACUCAACAAUCAGACAUUAAGGUGGCGGGUCAAAUAGUAAAAAUGGAAAAAGAGGCAGAUGUAAACAUCACACCAAGAGAAGCUGAUGUUCUUCCAAAAGAAGAAAAAAUAAUAUUACCCCAACUUGAUGUUGACACUCAAGAUUUGUCUAUUGAAGGCAAAGCAGAUAUACCUGAAGUUGAUCUGAGAGGACUUGACGUGAAACUGAAGAAACCAAGCUUUUCAUUUCCCAAAUUUGGUUUUUCAAAGCCAGAUAAGGGGCAAAGCGUUGAUGCAAGUCUUACAAAGACAGAAAUGUCUAUAAAAGAGGGUGACAUACCUGUUAAAGAGAAGGAUGUAGAACUUGCCGUCACAUGUGAAGAGAAUAAGCAGGAAGAUCCAAACACUCAAACAAAAUUUAGGCUUCCCUCAAUCAACCUUCCAAAGUUUAGUCUCAAAUAUCCAAAAGCCACACCAGAAAUUUCAACAGCUGAAGUAGACAUCAAAAAAACAGAAUUAUCUUUCACCGAAACAGGAGAAGUGCAAAUUACUGACACAGAAGUAAAUAUUGACAUUAAAGGGCCCACCACUGAUGUGGAAAGUAAAGAUAUAGAGGUGGACAUUGAUGUGACAGGAAGUAAACCCAAGGUACCAAAAAUUGGAAUUAGCAUGCCAAAAGUAAAGGAGAUGGAGCAAGAAAGUAAAGACAUAAACAUAAAGACUGACCGGCUAUGCAAAGAAAAGGUAAAUGUACAACAGCAUAUUGAGGGGAAAUUAGAUAAAGCAGAAGUUGAUUCCGAAGGACUGAAAGUAAAACUUCCAAAGCUGGGGUUUUCAAAACCAGAUCUUAAAACUCCUGAAAUUGACGUGAGACUGCCCAAAGCUGACAUGAGCAUAUCGGUGGGAUAUGUUGAUGUUUCAGAACUAUCGGCUGAUAUUAAAUUACCAGAACAAGAACCAGAUUUGAAGGAAGACACAUCUGGCUCAUCAACAAGAUUUAAACUACCAACAGUAAAUUUGCCAAAAUUUGGAAUCAAAGCAUCAAAAGACACAGUGGAUAUUAGUACAGCCGACAUUGACACCAAAAGCCCUGAAGUUAGUCUUCCGGAUAAGAAAUUUAUGUCCGGACAAGUGUCAACCAUUGACAUGAAGGGGUUAACAGUAGGAGAUCCAUCUAUUGAGACUGAAAUUAAAGGAGAUAAAAAAGAGCAACAAGAUGGCAAAUUCAAGAUUCCAAAAUUUGGCAUUGCUCUACCAACAAUAAAAGAUCCAGAUAGCGAAGUGCAUAAAAAAACUCUGAAUGACACAGAAGGAACAGUUUCAGCGGAUGUAUUAUCUACAGACAAGAAAGAUCUAAAAUUACCUAAAGGAUCAGCAGAAGUGGAUAUAAAGGCUAAAGGUGUUGAACUUGAAGUAGAAAAAAGUAAAUUCAAGCUACCACAGCUUGGAAUUUCACAUGAAUUAAAAGGUCCAGAAAUUGACAUAAGCGUUUCCAAAGCAGAAGUUCCUCAAACUGAAGUUAAAGUCAAACCUGCUGAAGCAGAAAUGGAUUUCAGUUCUAAGGGACUUAAAACGAAGAAGCCAGGCUUUGGAUUGCCCAAAAUUGGAUUUUCAAAAUCAGAUGGAAAGGCCCAAGAUAUUCAAGCCAGUGAAAUGACAGCCGAUAUUACCUUACCAGAGGGCACUAUAGAAAUAGGCGAAAGUGAGAUAGAGGGCAAAGCUGAAAUAACAAGUCCACAAUUUGGCUCUCCAACUAAAUUCAAACUCCCAACAAUAAAAUUACCCAAAUUUGGGAUUUCCACUCCAAAGGUUACUAGUGAUGCACCGAAGCGUGAUUCUGACAUCAAGGACCUUAAAGUUAGUUCAGUGGAUAACAAAAUAGAAACAACAAAUGUGGAUAUAUCUGGUGACAUCAAAGGCAAAACUGCAGAGAUUGAAGCCUCAUCUGUUAGCAUCAAUAUAAAGGAAAAAGAGAUUAAUCAGGAGGUUCUGGAAACUAAAUUUCAAAUUCCAAAAUUUGGGAUUUCAUUACCCAAAGUAAAAGGUCCUGAGGUGACAGUGACUGCAAAAAAGGUCAAGACAGGAACACCUGAAACUGGGAUAACUGAACCAGAAAUAGAGAUUCCAGGUGAUGUAAGUGUCCCAAAGGUAGACGCUGUAUUAGAGGGAAGUUCCAGCCUUGAGAAAAAAGAGAUUGAGAUGGAGAUGAAAAGUGAUUCUGCUGUUUCAGGUUCGCCAAGUAGAUUUAAAUUGCCUGCUUUUAAAAUGCCAAAAUUUGGAAUUUCAGUUCCAAAAACAUCUGAUGCAAAAGCAAAAGUAGAAGCAGACGUACCAGAUAAUGCUGACCUAAAUAUUGAAAACAAACCUAUACAAGUGUCUACAGAUAUAAACAGAGAAGGUGAAAUUAAAGAAACCUCUGAACAGCCUCCAGAGGCUGCUGUCAAAAAAUCUGAUGGAGAAAAAGGUUCCCCAAGUAAAUUCAAACUUCCAUCUAUAAAAAUGCCAAAGAUUAGCAUUUCAAGAACAAAAUCUCAGGACGAAGAUGACACAACCAUUAAAGCCACUCCAGAAGCUAAAACAGAACCCAAAGGUGAUCCACAAGCACCUGGAAAAUCACCCAGAUUUGCAAUGCCUGCACUCGAGGAUGUUCUCAGGGGCUUUGAGGUUGAAUUUAAUGUCCCCACAAUAGAACAAACAGACGCUCAAUUGGACAAACCCUCUGUCAAGCAAGAUCAAGAAGAAGGAGACAAAUCUGUGGAAGCAGCAGAACAGAAGGAAAAAGCUCAGGAAAAAUCCAAAUUUAAAUUUAAAUUUCCAAAAUUAGGCUUUAGCCAAUCCUCAGAUGAAAGCGAUAAGUUAGUUGAUGCUAAGAUUGAAGAAAGUGAAAAACACCUGGAGGCUUUAGCAGACGUCAAAGAGGCUAAAACGGCUGUCAGCAAAGAUCAAGCAAAAACUGAGAAAGGAGGCUGGUUCAAGUUCUCAUUUUCUUCACCAACUAAAACCACAAAACCUGAAGAGAAAGAAGAAAUAACCCAGCAAACUGAACAGGCUGAGAAGCCUGAUGAUGUAGAGAAAGAAUCCAGCAAGCCACAAGAGGAAAACGAGAAGAGCUCACUCAGCGAAGCUGUGGAGGAAAUCAUCAGCCCAACACUAUCCCUAAGGUCAUCUGAAGCUUUUGCAGAUGUAAGUUCCACAGUGACUACUGAUCAGAUUGCCCUGUCACAGACCUCUCCUACAAAAGUUAAAGUGAAAUAUGCCGAGCCCACUGCCACCGUAGGCAUCAAUGAUGUCCAAAGUGAUGUUGUGACAUCCACAGCCAGAUGUGAACUGAUAUCAAUGGAGCCUCACCAGCCAGAGAAAGUCAACAUCCCAUUUUCAUCUGACAUGUCCUCAACCUCAGUUGACACUCAAAAACAGAUGUCAGGGGAAAUUCAUGUGAUCACAUCGAACAUACAAGCUGUACCAGACACACAGCAAGCUGCAAUUCUAACUAAUAUAGAUGGCCGUGGAAUUCAUACCUCGCCUUUACAAGUAACACUAGGCUCAGACUCUGUGCUCACAGUGGAAGAAACCAGAGUGCAAAGUGGGAUGCGCACAACGGUGGAAAGGCAUGUUGUACAGGAAACGCUGCAUGAUGAUAAAGAAACGAUACUUGUGACGCAGAGAACACGCAUUUUUGAAGGAGACUCUGCAGAACCCAUUUCUGAUGAAACAGCUUCUUCUAUUCGCAGACUGAGAGACACGGUACACACUGAGAAAAUGAGGUUUUUUGACAGUGUGGCAACAACUGAAGAGGUCACAAUAGUAAGCUCAGAAACAACGCUAAGACAUAUGGAUUCCUCAACAGAUGAAAAUGGGGGGAAAUGAAUGCGAGAUGUGGCUGAGUCGAUUUUAUGCUUUUGAAUGUAUGUUUCAGUGUUCUCUUAUAAUAUAUAAUAUAAGCCAGCUGAAUUGUAAUGCUAUCUAGCAAAAGAGUGCUGACUCGUACUUGUGAACAUAUCAGAGAGUAUUGUUCAGCUAAUAAAGAUUUGAAGCUUUCAAGAGAAAUUAUGUAUGUACAAGAAAUAUUAUGAAAACAAAUUAUAUUAUGAUUUGAUGUGGGUUGUAAGUGCGCAUUAUUGUAAAACUGUUAUAUUGGGAAUAUUGUUUACAGUGCAAACUCAGUAAUAUUAACGCAAACCUCAAUUAAAUAGAUCCAUUCACAAAUCAACUUGCAAUACGUGUGACAUUUAAAGGCUAUUAACAAAAUUACAUAUUAAGGCAUUUGUUUUGUUUGAGGUUAUCUAUUUUGAAAAAAAUUAAAUAACAAAACUUACAUAUAAAAUCUGUGAUGUUACAGCAUUAAGGGGAAAACAUGAAAACAAUUAUGUAAAUAAAUUUUAUUCACCCCAAAGUCUGUCCAUUAUCAUUGUUAGCUUACGAUAAAUCAUCUUCACCAAAGUCUGAUGGAAUCAAUAGGUUUGCGAAAUAAACAAUGCAUUUAUGUUUUACUGUAAAUACAUUUCCUAAUAAGCGAUGGCUUUUCUUCUAACAUACAGUAUAUAAUCAAAUAAUCACAUUCAUGUUGUAAGAGAAUCACUUCAACUGGUUACUGCAAAAUAAAUUUAAAGAAUUAAAUAAUG